AUCUUCGGCUCUUCAAAUAUAUAAAUGUUCCACGUUGAGUAAUGAAAUCUUUUAUAUUAAUCUGGAUGAAGUCCAUGCUAAAUGUUACAGAAUGCCUUUCUGGAAUUCUAUAUCGAUGGAUGAUAGUGACAGUAAUGAAGAUCAUUUGCCUCAAUACAUUGUCGCUGCUAUUGUACAUAGCGAGAAGGCGAAAUGGAGGGACGACCGAAGCGCAGCAUUGCAAAACCUUCCCGCUAUUAGACCACUUCCUCCGAUGACGAAUUACCAAAACGCAAGAAGAUCCCAUUAAAGACCGUUACGGUUGGAGACAUCGACAAGGAUAUCGGUCAUCUCAAAGGAAUUUUGAAGAACCCAGAUAAUUCAACCUAUAUGGAUGAGAAUACUUUUCAUACUAAUAUUUAUACACAAGAACACACAGACACACAAUCAUACAUUCCUAUCCAUACGCAAUCACAAACAAACAUUCAACCUUAUAUAUCCACUGCAACACAUUUAACAUCACAUCCUCACACAUCUAUUCACGCCGUCGAUACAUCACACUCGAUACAUACAUUACCCGCUCAUUCUUCCAUAGCUAAUCAUAUAGAUAAUACUACUCAUGCUAAUAGUAUAGAUAAUAUUACUUUUACAAAUAAUACAUAUCAGUUUCAGAAUACAACUCAGUUUCCGAAUAAAUUAAGAACAUGGCCGGCACAGGAAAGUAUUUCUCAAAUAAACGAGUAUCAGGUGAAUCAUACUGAAAUUCCACGAUUCACAGAAGGAACGGACUACAAACGGAUAACGCAAGAAAAAUUGAGCAGCAUUGAUGCCGAGCUCAAAAGAAUGAAUGGUUUGCUGCACAACCUUUUGAAAUGCGUGCAAAGCAACAAUGACCGCGAUCGCGUACCGCGUAAGCCAGCCUGUUUGCCCAUAUCAUCCGUGAUCGAAAUGGAUGCUUUUGAAGAUAUCGACGAUAACGAUUUUCGUGAAGUUGUGAAUUAUUUCAAAUACAUCGGCGGAUUCAAUUUAAAGGAAGCGGUAAAUCUGUGCCUGAAGGAGGGAUUACAGGACUCGGUAACGCCGUCAUUCACUUGGUGGGGUCGAGAAAAAGAUCAACGGCCGUUAUAUAAUACCCGCUUUGUUAUCGCUAUUUAUGAAGCGAUAAGCAGCAAUCGUUAUUUCAAUAAGCCGACUCGGUCAGAAUUUCAACUUCAAAUACGAGAAGCUCUUAGAACGGCCAAGGAGAGAUGCAGAAGUAAGGCGCAUAAGCGACGCACACGAACAGACAAUCACAGGCAUGAUUUUUGGAGCGACGAUGUUCCUGAACAGAUCGAAGAUGAAAGAGCGGACGAGUAAGGAUGCGUAAGACGAGCAGACGCGCAGACGAUCUUUAUAGAGUAAAGAUAAGUACAAAUUUUCUUUUUAACAUUUUUCAAUUAUAUUCCUGAAUUCUUUCUAAUAUAUAAAAAUGUUUAUUUGUUUUUUUUUUAGAUUUUCAGCUUUUCUUUCAGUAGACUUCGCUGUGGUCGCGAAGAUAGGCACUUUUCAGUGCCACUUUAAUUUGGUGGAAUCAAUUUAUUAUGGUGGAACAUUAUUUGCAUAUUAAUCGGCACUUUUCAGUGCCAAUAAUUUCUCUCUAUUUUUAUCAACACUUUUCAGUGCUAAAAUAUUAGUAUUCUUCUCCAUAUGCACGUCUUAAAUUAUAUUUUGUGUGUAUUUUUCAGGUUGCUUCAAUGAUCAACGAGAUAACGAGAUCUUCGGAACCCGGCUGCAUAUUCCUCGCAUAAACUGCUCCGCAACAGCAUAUAUUAUAGUAUACGUACUAUUUUUGUAGCACUAUUGUGUUGUAUUAUGAUAUGUAUAGUAGUAUUUUCAACAUCAAAUUCUAUUAUAUGUUGAAAAUACUCUUAUGUGUACUUGUAUUUUAUAACAUAAAUUUUUUUGUAAACGUUUGAUAUCUACAUAUGUAAUA